AUGUGCAUCGACUAUCGGAAGUUGAACGCCAUCACGAUAAAGGACAAGUACCCACUGCCCCUGAUCGACGAUCAGAUCGACAAACUUGGAGGUCACACGUACUUCACGGGAUUGGACACGCCCCAAGGCCACUACGACUUUUUAAGAAUGCCGUUCGGACUGACGAAUGCUCCGACCGCAUUCCAACGGCUCAUGGACAAAGUCCUGGGUUCACUCAAGGACAACAUUGCGUUCCCGUACCUGGAUGACACUAUAAUACCGUCGCGUACGGUAGACCUUUUUAAGAAUGCCGUUCGGACUGACGAAUGCUCCGACCGCAUUCCAACGGCUCAUGGACAAAAUCCUGGGUUCACUCAAGGACAACAUUGCGUUCCCGUACCUGGAUGA